AUGAGUGAUUGGCCCGGAGCUGGAUCCGCGAGCGGGUCCUGCCUGCCUUCCCGGCCCCAGGAGCAGCCUCAGGGGAGCAGCCUCAGGGAACCAGCCUCAAGAUCGUCAGGCGAUGCUGGGACCUUCCGCGUGGCCUUCACACCUGAACCGGGUGAAGACCGCUGGAAAAACUUCUGGCAGGUGCGGAGGUCUACUGUUUCUGGCCGCGAAGACGCAUCUCCUAGGGUGAGCUCCCUUGCUUUUUAA